AUGGACAAUUCUUUCUUCAUUGAUUUCAUGAUGGGUGGUGUUUCCGCCGCUGUCUCCAAGACUGCUGCUGCCCCCAUCGAAAGAGUCAAGCUUUUGAUUCAGAACCAAGAUGAAAUGAUCAAGCAAGGUCGUUUGGCCAAGAAGUACGACGGUAUUGCUGAAUGUUUCAGAAGAACCGCCGCCGAAGAAGGUGUCGUCUCUUUCUGGAGAGGUAACACUGCCAACGUCAUCAGAUACUUCCCUACCCAGGCUCUUAACUUCGCCUUCAAGGACAAGUUCAAGAAGAUGUUCGGUUUCAAGAAGGAAGAAGGCUACUGGCCAUGGUUCGCCGGUAACUUGGCUUCCGGUGGUUUGGCUGGUGCCACCUCCUUGGCUUUUGUCUACUCGUUGGAUUACGCCAGAACCAGAUUGGCCAACGACGCUAAGUCGUCCAAGGGCUCUGGUGAACGUGAAUUCAAGGGUUUGUUCGAUGUCUACAAGAAGACUUUGGCUUCCGACGGUAUCGCUGGUUUGUACAGAGGUUUCGGUCCAUCUGUUAUUGGUAUCAUUGUCUACAGAGGUCUUUACUUCGGUCUUUACGAUUCCUUGAAGCCUGUUAUUCUUGUUGGUCCUUUGGAAGGUAACUUCUUGGCUUCGUUCUUGUUGGGUUGGACUGUCACCACCGGUGCCUCCACUGCUUCUUACCCAUUGGACACUGUCAGAAGAAGAAUGAUGAUGACCUCUGGUCAAGCCGUUAAGUACGAUGGUGCUUUCGACUGUUUCAGAAAGGUUGUUGCUGCUGAAGGUGUCGCUUCCUUGUUCAAGGGUUGCGGUGCUAACAUCUUGAGAGGUGUUGCCGGUGCCGGUGUCAUCUCCAUGUACGAUCAAUUGCAAUUGAUCAUCUUCGGUAAGAAGUUCAAGUAAACUACUUAGUUUCUAGAUUUAAAAAGAGAGCGGAGAGUUGAUGAAAUAAAAGGCUGAUAGAGAAUGUGGACCUUCCCCCAUCCAACUACAAAUUCCAAUAAUAUCAUCAUAUUUUGCUAUCUGCUGCGUGUAUUGAUUAUUGAUAAUUCUGGUGUGGGGGGCUAGUCUCCUUUCCCAUUAUU